CACCUCCUCGUUUUCGGGCUUGCUGUGUCCUGUGGUCGCCCUGCCCCGCUGCCAGGAAGUUCAGGAACUCGGUCACCGCCCCAGCCCCCCUCCGCCUCCGCCUCCGCCUCAUCCAUUGUUGGGCAAUAGUCUGCGACAUCGAAACAAUCCUAUAACACGAAACUUUUCAGGUAACCGCUAAAGAUCUCUUUUUCUUUUGAAGCUGUGUUCAACCUUUUUCGAUAUAUUUAUUUUUUUGUACCCACGAGUGGAAGUAGCUUGGAAAAGUUUAGGAGGAGCGUUAAACUGAGAGUCAGGAGGAAAAGGGAGGAAAACUUUUCAGGCAAGGAACUCUCCGUAAUUCUCACUCCUCCAUUUUGAACUUUUAAACUCCCAGUUUUUCUGGUGGAUUGUUAUCGAACUCCAGACACCAUGACAAGCAUCAACACAGCCAACAUCAACUUUAAAUGGGAUCCAAAGAGUCUAGAGAUCCGUACUCUGGCUGUGGAGCGGCUGCUGGAGCCCCUGGUGACCCAGGUCACCACUUUGGUAAACUCCAGCAACAAAGGCCCAUCUAACAAGAAGAAAGGACGCUCCAAGAAGGCUCACGUUUUGGCGGCAUCGGUGGAGACUGCCACCCAAAACUUCCUGGAGAAAGGAGAAAAGAUUGCAAAGGAAAGUCAGUUUCUUAAGGACGAGCUGACUGCUGCUGUGGAAGAUGUCCGCAAGCAAGGUGACUCAAUGCGGCAGGCUUCUGGAGAAUUUGCAGAAGACCCCUGCUCGUCCGUGAAGAGGGGCAAUAUGGUUCGUGCUGCCAGAGCCCUCCUGUCAGCAGUCACACAUCUGUUGGUUCUGGCAGACAUGUCUGAUGUCUACAAACUUCUACUGCAGCUUAAACUGGUGGAGGACAAUCUGGUGAAAGUGCGUAAUGCAGGAACAGAACAGGACCUUGGGAUCCAAUAUAAGGCCUUGAAACCAGAGGUGGACAAGCUGAACAUCAUGGCGGCUAAGAGACAGCAGGAGCUUAAGGAUGUCCACCACAAGGACCAAAUGGCCGCAGCUCGCGGGGUGCUACAGAGGAACAUCCCCAUGCUGUACACGGCGUCCCGUGCCUGUCUGCAGCACCCUGACGUGGCAGCCUACAAGGCUAACCGUGACCUGAUCUACAAGCAGCUGCAGCACGCAGUCUCUGGCAUCUCCAACGCUGCCCAGGCCACUACCACUGAAGACUCAGCACUCAGUCAGCCAGCAGGGGGUGGAGAACUCGCCUAUGCCCUCAACAAUUUUGAUAAACAAAUCAUCGUGGACCCCCUGGCGUUUAGUGAGGAGCGUUUCCGUCCCUCCCUGGAGGAGCGCCUCGAGAGCAUUAUCAGUGGUGCUGCCCUCAUGGCUGACUCUUCUUGCACGCGUGACGACCGCAGGGAGCGCAUCGUGGCUGAAUGCAAUUCUGUGCGCCAGGCUCUUCAGGACCUUCUGUCUGAGUAUAUGGGCAAUGCGGGAAGGAAGGACAGGAGUGAUGCUCUGAACACAGCCAUCGACAGGAUGACCAAGAAGACCAGAGACCUGCGCAGACAGCUGCGUAAAGCUGUAAUGGACCAUGUCUCUGACUCUUUCCUGGAGACCAAUGUUCCCCUCCUGGUCCUGAUUGAGGCUGCCAAGAACGGCAACGAGAAAGAAGUCAAAGAAUAUGCACAGGUGUUCCGCGAGCACGCCAACAAGCUGAUCGAGGUGGCCAACCUGGCAUGCUCCAUCUCCAACAAUGAAGAGGGAGUGAAGCUGGUUCGGAUGGCAGCAUCUCAACUGGAGAGUCUUUGCCCCCAGGUGAUUAAUGCAGCGUUGGCCCUUGCUGCCAAGCCCAACAGUAAGGUGGCCCAGGACAAUAUGGAUUUGUUCAAGGAGCAGUGGGAGAAGCAGGUCCGCGUCCUCACUGAUGCUGUUGAUGACAUAACAUCCAUUGAUGACUUCCUUUGUGUGUCUGAGAACCACAUCCUGGAGGAUGUGAAUAAGUGUGUCAUCGCUCUGCAGGAGAAAGAUGUGGAUGGUUUGGAUCGCACUGCUGGGGCUAUUCGAGGCCGUGCUGCCAGAGUCGUCCAUGUGGUCACUUCUGAAAUGGACAAUUAUGAACCUGGAGUGUACACAGAGAAGGUGUUGGAGGCCACCAAGCUCCUCACUGACACAGUCAUGCCACGGUUCACAGAGCAGGUGGAGUCUGCAGUAGAGGCCUUGAGCGCAAACCCCACACUACCUGUGGAUGAGAAUGAGUUCAUUGACGCGUCCCGUCUGGUGUAUGAUGGCAUUCGCGACAUUCGCAAGGCUGUCCUCAUGAUCAGAACUCCAGAGGAGUUGGAUGACUCUGACUUUGAGACUGAAGACUUUGAUGUUCGCAGCAGGACCAGCGUGCAGACCGAGGAUGACCAGCUUAUUGCCGGCCAGAGUGCUCGGGCUAUCAUGGCCCAGUUGCCCCAGGAGCAGAAGGCAAAGAUUGCAGAACAGGUGGCUAGCUUCCAGGAAGAGAAGAGCAAGCUGGAUGCUGAAGUAUCCAAGUGGGACGACAGCGGCAAUGACAUCAUUGUGUUGGCCAAGCAGAUGUGCAUGAUCAUGAUGGAGAUGACAGACUUUACCAGGGGGAAAGGGCCACUGAAGAAUACGUCUGAUGUCAUCAGCGCUGCCAAGAAAAUUGCCGAGGCAGGAUCAAGAAUGGACAAGCUGGGCCGCACCAUUGCUGACAAUUGCCCUGACUCCACCUGUAAGCAGGACCUGCUCGCCUACCUGCAGCGUAUCGCCUUGUACUGCCACCAGCUCAACAUUUGCAGCAAAGUCAAGGCUGAGGUGCAGAACCUGGGGGGAGAGCUGGUCGUGUCUGGGUUGGACAGCGCCAUGUCCCUCAUCCAGGCCGCUAAGAACCUGAUGAACACAGUGGUGUCCACCGUCAAGGCCUCCUACGUUGCAUCUACUAAAUACCAGAAGAACAAAGGCAUGGAGGCCCUUAAUAUGCCAGCCAUCUCCUGGAGAAUGAAAGCUCCAGAGAAGAAACCACUGGUGAAGAGAGAGAAGCAGGACGACGGCCAAACCAACAGAGUCAAGAGAUCCUCUCACAAGAAGCACAUCAACCCUGUGCAGGCUCUGAGCGAGUUCAAAGCCAUGGAUAGCAUCUAGACUCCCCUGUUUUUGAUUGAAGGGAACACAAAAUAUUGACCAAUGAGUUAAGAAUAGAUAGAGCUCGUCAUUCUGUCAAAAAGAAAAUGUUUUAUCAUAUUUGUUCCACCUCUGCGUAGACGGCUUGUCUGUUUGACCCAUUAUAUUCCUACAAUGCCUCAUUUGUAUUCCAUAUUCCAUUCACAUUUGCUCUAGUCUGUAGCAUUAACCGUCUCUCCUCUGGAAAAUGCAGUUAGAGGGAAACCAACUGGACAAAAGCAUUUUUGUACAUUUGCCCUUGUUUUUUUUCCUCUUCCCGUUUAUGGGAAGAAGUGAGUGGAUUUCAUAAAUAUUCUGAGAACUAAUUCCGAGAGGCUUUCGAUAAUCUUGUAUUCUAACCAGUUUUAUAGUAAUACUGUUGGGUCUCUGGUGUUUUCCACUAUAAUGUUUGAUUAUGGCUAAAUACAUUCUGUACUGCAAAUAUCAACUAUGCAAAACUUCAACUGCCUACUUGUUUUAACGUGAGCAAUAACUGUAGUUCAUUUGGAUGUGCUGGGCUAACUGGUGAGAUUUGUUUGGUUCAUGAAUAUGAACAAAAGUCAAUAUAUUUUCACACUUCCUGCAUUUAAAAAAACAACAACUGUGUACUUACUUGUUUUGCCAGACUGAUCUAAACACUAUUCACAGUGCUGACUUUGUACCCCCUUUAUCAUUUGGACUUGUAAAUGUAUAUUUCUUUAUGAUUUAACCAUCUCAAGUUUAGUUUUCUUUGUUGUUGUUUUUUUCAUGUUCAUAUGAUGCAGCAAAUCAAAGGUGACAGAGUAUUCUUCCCGGCCAUCCGCUUUGCUGCGUAACUGGUACAUGGUCUUGAUCCUGCCACACAGACCCACCCAGUUCAGUCCAACUUUGUAAAUAAACCUCGACUCCUUUAGAGUCUGGGAGAACCCAGUGGGCUUAAACAAUGAGUAGACCCCCAUGUCGCUACUCUCCAAAGCCGACAAGCUUCAUUAACUGUCAAUGAGACCAAACACCUCCACAAUCUAAAGAAUGUGUCCAAAUUGAGGGAUCAAUAUGUUUUCUCUCCACAGCUUAGAAGUAGGCGAAGCGAGGAGGGGAUUUUACUGACUUUAAACUCUUGCUUAUUGUUUAUAUUCCUUGUCCUUAAGCUUGAACACUAAUCAAGAUGUCAUGCACAGAGUUUAUGAGGAACUAGAAAUAAGUUGCCAUGUGUUGGAGCUUUAAAAAGGAAGAAACAGGAGAAAAGAUUUUUUUUAUUUUUUAUUUUACUUCAGGUAACAACUGUAGGAUCAGAAACUGUGCAUCUUGUUUUCUAGUCAUGCAUAGUAUUCUCCUGCAUAGUGAUCCAGUGGUGUACAGCCAGGCUUUGAAAUCCUGCUGCCUUGGUCUAGGGGCUGAAUCUUUGUUUUGCUCGUUUGACAUCUGUGAACUAUAGCAGGAUAGGAUGAGUAUGCAUGGUUAUUUGACAGGUGGAUUUUUUUUAACUGUUGUGAACCGAGCAUUUUGAAAGCGUUUUUUUUUUUCCCUCACAGUUCGUCUCUUGCUGUAUUUGAUUUUGGAUUUGAAAUCUUGAGUGAUAUCAAACUACGUUGCUGUGGAUUUUUUUGUUAUUGAGAGCUGACUUAUUAGUGCACACGUUUCUUGUAUUCAUGUGCCUGCUUUAUAUCUUAAUAAACAAUGAAAAUUAAA